AUGGGACGUCGUAUAAGAGUACAGCGUAAGGGACGUGGAAGUGUAUUCAAAUCUCAUAGCAAGCAUCGUAAGGGACCAGCAAAGCUUCGACCAGUAGAUUAUUCAGAACGACAUGGAUACCUCAAAGGAGUAGUGAAAAAUAUAAUACACGAUCCAGGCCGUGGAGCUCCACUUGCCAUUGUCCAGUUCCGUGACCCUUAUAGGUAUAAAACCCAUAAGGUAACGAUGAUUGCUGCUGAAGGCAUGCACACCGGUCAAUUCAUUUACUGUGGGAAGAAAGCACAAGUUCAAGUGGGAAAUGUAUUACCAUUGUCUGAAUUACCGGAAGGCACAAUCGUUUGUAAUCUAGAAGAGAAAACAGGAGACAGGGGUCGACUGGCACGCACGUCAGGUAACUAUGCCACAGUUAUCGCUCACAAUCCCGACACAAAGAGAACUAGGAUUAGACUUCCAUCGGGAGCCAAGAAAGUUUUACAGUCUUCAAAUCGUGCAAUGAUAGGAAUCGUUGCUGGAGGCGGUAGGACGGAUAAGCCUUUGUUAAAAGCUGGAAGGGCAUACCAUAAAUAUAAGGCUAAGCGUAACUGCUGGCCAGUUGUGCGUGGUGUGGCCAUGAAUCCUGUUGAGCAUCCUCACGGUGGUGGUAAUCACCAGCACAUUGGUCACCCGUCAACAGUCAAGAGAGGCACUAGUGCCGGACGUAAAGUUGGCCUGAUUGCUGCUCGUAGAACUGGUAGGAUUCGUGGUGGCAAGCCAGAAAAACAUGGAAAGGAAGAAGCUGUUUAA